UAAUCAGUUUUGAUUGUGUGCCUACUAUGUGCUUGAUUCUGUUCUAAUUGUGAGAUAAUCAGUGAAUAAGGCAGACAGGGUUCUUGCUUUCAUAGAGCAAACAUUCUGGUUGGAGUAGGUAUAUAGUAAGUAGUGAAGUAAAAUGAUUAAAUAGAAAUUAUAUGCAGAAAAUUAAAUAAGAUUUUAUGAAAAUUAGUGACUUGCUGGUUUCUUCUGAUUAUUGGUCAAGGAAGAUCUCUUUAAGGAUAUUAUUGAAGAGGGACUGAUUUAAUCAACAGGAACAGUUGGCAUAAAGGAACUGAAGAAGACCAGUGUAGCUGGAGUAUAGUGGAUAAUGGGGAAAGGGUACAGGAUAAAUUUGGAGAACAGAGUUCAGAAUCUUAGAAGUCUUUGGAAGCCAGGGUAGGUAAUUUGGAUUUUAUUAUAAAUGUGAUUAAAGGGUUUAAAUGGGGUUGUGAUAUGAUUCAAUUUACCUUUUAAAAUCAUCAUUCUGGCUACCAUGUGGAAAAUUGACUAUGGUGGACUACUAAUAGAAGCAGAGAUUAGAGGCCUUCACAGUGUAUAAGAAUUUCUGGAAUGGAUGUAUUAAAAUAGAGGUGUUGAAAGGGCAGUAGGAGUAAUCAGAGAUCCAGAUGCUUAAAGGUAAUGCAACUUCUGGUGAUGAGAAAAUCAAAGCUAAGAUUGAGACAAAGUGGAAGGUUUGAGGUUGAGAUUAAGGAACUGAGGGACGGUGAUGUUAAAUGGAUCAUCCAUGUGGAUGGUCGUGGAGGUGAUGCUGGAUAGUAGGUUUUAAGCUAGGUAUUAAAGUCAUUAGUGAGUGAAGAAGAAUUGUCCUGGGACCAGAGAGAGGGUGGCAGCAAAACAGUACAGCCUGAUGGCAUGAACUUCAAAGGAAAUGGGAUUUGAGGAGGUAGAGGAAGAAGAAGUGGUUUGGAAGGAGCAGUGGCAAACAAGGAAAAUAUUUACAACCUCCAGGUCCCCAGGCAUUGUUCAAGAAUGGAAGAGGAUACAGAUUUCAGAAUCAGAUUUAGUUCUUUGUGUUUCAUAACUGAUCAUGUUGGUUUUCAUGGCACCAUAAAAAGCUCACCAAGUGACUUCAUUGUUAUUGAGAUUGAUGAACAGGGAGAGUUAGUUAAUAAAGCCAGUGACAAACCUGUUUACAAUGUUAGUAAAGUACUACCUGAGCCAAAUAAUUUAGCUAAAAAAGCAAAACUAGAUCUUCAGAUUUUAUCUUUUGAAGAGACAAGCAAUCAAGUAGUCAGUACUUUGGCUGGGAGCUCCAGUGAUGACCACAAUUUUGUGCCUUGUUCAGAAAAGGAAGAUACUGUCAGAGAUAGAACUUCCAAAGGUGAAGAAGAAAAUGUUGAUGUAUUAGGCUCCUUGUUAGAUGAAAAAACUAAUGAAUUACUGAAUCAGUUUGCCUGUGAUAUAAAAGAGAAGUGGGACUCUCAAACUGAGCUAAUUGGACCAUCUCCUGAAUUCUCGUUAGGCAGAAUCCUUGACAAGAACCAGAGGGCUACCUUGCAUAGUGCUAUUAGGCAGAAAUUUCCUUUUUUAAUAACUGUAGGAAAAAACAGUGAAAUUGUUGUAAGACCAAAUCUUGAGUAUAAAGAACUUUGUCACUUGGUAUCUGAAGAGGAAGCAUUUGACUUUUUUAAAUAUUUGGAUGCAAAGAAAGAAAAUUCCAAAUUUACCUUUAAACCUGAUACAAACAAAGAACACAGGAAAGCUGUCCACCAUUUUGUCAACAAAAAGUUUGGAAAUCUAGUGGAAACCAAAUCCUUUCCUGAACUGAAUUACAGUGCUGAUAAUCCAAAUGUAGUGAUAACUGUAAGAUUUCGGGUAAAAGCACACAAACACUGGAAGAGGUCUCUUCAUGAAUGCCAGGGAAGAAAAGAUAUAUACACAGCUUUUACCCUACGAAAGGAAAAUCUAGAAAUGUUUGAAGCAGUUGAUUUUUUAGCUGUCAAACUUGGCGUGAUUCCUUCGGAUUUUAGUUAUGCAGGACUUAAAGACAAGAAAGCCAUCACUUAUCAAACGAUGGUGGUUAGAAAAGUAACACCAGAGAGGUUGAAAAAUAUUGAAAAAGAAGUUGAAAAGAAAGGAAUGAAUGUGUUUAACAUUCGGUCUGUAGAGGAUUCCCUUAGACUUGGUCAGCUCAAAGGAAAUCACUUUGAUAUUGUCAUCAGAAAUUUAAAAAAUCAAAUAAAUGAUUCUGCAAACCUGAGAGAGAGAAUUUUAGAGGCAAUAGAAAAUGUUAAGAAUAAAGGGUUUGUGAAUUACUAUGGACCACAGAGAUUUGGGAUGGGAAGGAAAGUUCACACAGACCAAAUUGGAUUGGCUUUGCUGAAGAGUGAAACGGUGAAGGCUGUAAAAUUGUUUUUCACACCAGAAGAUUUGGAUGAUCCUGUAAAUAGAGCAAAGAAAUAUUUUCUUCAGACUGAGGAUGCUAAAGGCACACUUUCACUGAUGCCCGAAUUCAAAGUUCGGGAGAGAGCACUGCUAGAGUCACUGCACCGCUUUGGCGUGACAGAGGAGGGCUGCAUCCAGGCGUGGUUCUCCUUCCCCCAUUCUAUGCGCAUAUUCUACGUUCAUGCCUACAGCAGCAAGAUCUGGAAUGAGGCAGUAUCUUACAGACUUGCAACUUAUGGCUCAAGAGUUGUGGAGGGUGACUUGGUCUGUUUGGAUGAAGAUACUGACAAUGAGCAGUUACCGAGUAGUAAAGUUCAUCUAGUAACCAAAGAAGAGGAAUCAGCUAACACAUAUGCGAUACAUCAGGUGGUUCUUCCAGUUCUUGGAUACAACAUUCAGUACCCUAAAAACAAAUUAGGGCAGUGGUACCAGGAAGUACUCAGCAGAGAUGGACUACAGACAUGUAAAUUUAAAAUACCUACCCUGAAACUGAAUGUUCCAGGGUGCUAUAGGAAGAUUUUGAAACAUCCCUGUAAUCUCUCAUACCAGCUGAUGGAAGACCAUGGUAUUGAUGUCAAGAAGGAAGGUUCCCACAUUGAUGAAGCAACUUUAUCCCUUUUGAUCUCUUUUGAUCUUGAUGCUUCGUGUUAUGCUACAGUUUGUCUGAGGGAAAUAAUGAAGCAUGACUUUUAAAACUGAUACACUUGAUAUAGUCAUGUGUGUGCCACUUUUUAAAGGAAAGUGAAAAGGGAGCUAAAACUUCUUGAGUGUCUACCAUGUUCUAGGAGCUUUAUCAUUGUUAUCUCCUUUAAUUACACACCAUCCCAAUGAAGUAGGAAUUUGAUACUCACAUUGAAGAGGACAUAUAGCUAGUAAGUGGCAAAAUCUGAACUUAAGACUCCAAAGCCUUUGUUGUUUUCUAUUAUCUAAUGUCUCGAUGACCUUUAUUCUGUGCUAUAAAAGUUAAAAUCUUUCUGGACUAUUAGGAGCAUACUGCAAGAUAACAUUAUAGAAGGAAACAUUAAAGAAAAGCUUUUGGCGUAAUGUUUAUAUCCCCAGACUUCUUGCUUAAAAUGUAGAUUAAACUAAGUUGUAAUGAAAACAUAUGGUUGGAGAGAAAGAUGAAGCAUUUUGUUAAUUAGUGCCAUUCUUUUCUAUUUUUGAAAGUAUUGAUCAGAAUAGUACUUCAGGAAAAUGUUAUCUCUCUAUUUAUUAAUAUGAUAUGCAAGGAGAUCCAACCAGUCCAUCCUAAAGGAGAUCUGUCCUGGGUGUUCAUUGGAAGAACUGAUGGUGAAGCUGAAACUCCAGUACUUUGGCCACCUAAUGCGAAGAGCUGACUCAUUUGAA